ACUACUGGAUUAUAAUUUAUCAGUGUAUUACCGUAUUACAAAAUAUUUCUCAUUUUGGACCUUUAAGGUAUAAUAGGGACGAAAAAGAGCUAUCGCUGAAUUGUAAAUAAUCGUUGCAUUUCACAUUAGAUUCUCUUCAAACGUUGUGUGGGACAAAAGUCGGGUCUGGGUUUUGUUGAAGAACGUCAGUUAGUCGACUACAUCCUGGCUAUUAAUAUUGUGAAAAAUUAGCUGCAUCGCAUUCCAGCGCACGUUUAAACACGAAGUCGCCUGGCUAAAGUUCUGCAAAUAUAAGUACCGCAAAAUAAAAAGCUGUCCGUGGACGAUGAGAUAUUCUGCAAAAGGGAAAAUUGCAGUUUGAAUUUAGAUGACUUUUUAGGGUUAGCCUGCUACCUACUGUACAUUAGGCUCGCCAGCCACCGUAGUUCACGCUGAAAGUGAGUGUCGGAAUUAUUAUAAAUGUAGGAGCCGGUUCGGUAAACGUGGCGCUUCCACUGUAUUGGCGUGAACCUUGGAAAUGGUCGUCAUGACUGCUGCGUUUGUGACGUUGCCGAGUUUAACGGUAGAACGCGGGCCGAUGUUCUGUUGGAAUUAGCUAGUCUUACGUCACACUUAUAACGGGCACUACCGGAGAGUGGAAAGAGGACACUGCUGCCGACUUGGUCCGUCUCUCAUGCCUCCAAUGGUGGUGUGAUUAAGUCUGGCAUAUUUCUCUACGACUGGACCACAACUUACUGUGGUGGAUGGCACAGAGAUUGAACAGUGGCUGCCUCUCCCCCCUCUGCAUCUCGCCCCCCCCUUCCUCCUCUGAUGGACCGCAUGAGGAAGAUUAAACGGCAGCUGUCCCUCACGUUGAGGGGGGGUAACAGUGGGGACAAGAGUCUGAGCGAGACCAUCAGCUCACAGGACACCGCACACAGCGAUUCGGACGCCAUGUCAGUGCGGGGCAGUGGUGGUGUGCGGGGCGCAGUGCGGGGCGCAGUGCGGGGCGCUGGAGGCUCCUUCAGCAUGCACUCCCUGCUGCAGUCGUACAGCUCCAGCCUGCACCGACCCCGUGGCCUGGGCCGCAGCCUCAGCUCCUAUCUCAACCACGCCACACGCCUGGAAAUAGUGCAUGAGGAUGUCAAGAUGGGCUCAGAUGGGGAGAGUGACAAAGCAUCUGCCACAUCCUCCGAUGAAGUUCACAGUCCGGUCCGAGUGAGACUGAGGAACAACCCAACCCGCAAGAUCUCCACAGAGGACAUCAACAAGCGCCUGUCGCUGCCAGCAGAUAUCCGGCUGCCUGACAGCUACCUGGAGAAGUUCAGCCUGAACAGUCCGCUGUUCGACAAGCCGCUGAGCCGCCGGCUGCGAAGGGUCUCCCUGUCGGAGAUCGGCUUCGGGAAACUGGAGACCUAUGUGAAGCUGGACAAACUUGGAGAGGGGACCUACGCCACUGUAUACAAAGGCCGCAGCAAGCUGACUGACAACCUGGUGGCCCUGAAGGAGAUCAGGCUGGAGCAUGAGGAGGGGGCUCCCUGUACUGCCAUAAGAGAGGUUUCCCUGCUGAAGGACCUGAAGCACGCCAACAUUGUGACUCUCCAUGACAUCAUCCACACACAGAAGUCCCUCACGCUGGUGUUCGAGUACCUGGACAAAGACCUGAAGCAGUACCUGGACGACUGCGGCAGCUGCAUCAACAUGCGUAAUGUCAAGCUCUUCCUGUUCCAGCUGCUGCGUGGCCUUAACUACUGCCACAGGCGCAAAGUCCUCCACAGAGACCUCAAGCCCCAGAACCUGCUCAUUAAUGAGCGCGGCGAGCUCAAGCUGGCUGACUUCGGUUUGGCUCGGGCCAAGUCCAUCCCCACCAAGACUUACUCCAAUGAGGUGGUGACGCUGUGGUACCGCCCACCGGACAUCCUGCUGGGCAGCACUGACUACUCCACCCAGAUAGACAUGUGGGGGGUGGGCUGCAUCUUCUAUGAGAUGUCCACAGGCCGACCCUUGUUUCCCGGUUCCACCGUGGAGGAAGAGCUUCACUUUAUCUUCAAACUGCUGGGUACGCCCACGGAAGUCACUUGGCCUGGAAUCACCUCCAACGAGGAAUUCAUCUCCUACAACUACCCCCGCUACAGACCUGACUGCCUGCAUAACCACACGCCCCGACUGGACAAUGAAGGGGUAGACCUGCUUUCCAAGCUGCUGCAGUUUGAGGGGAAGAAGCGCAUCUCUGCUGAGGAGGCUAUGAGACAACCCUACUUCCACUGCCUGGGAGAGAGGAUCCUCACACUGCCUGACAAGAAUAUCUGCCAGGGCCAGGGCCUUCCAGAGCCCCACUUAGAUCAACCUCAGUGUGAAAUUCACGCUUCAUCCUUCAGACAGCCCCGAACAUUCCAGCUCUACUUCUAUUUUUGCACUUCAAGACGUUCAGCUGGAGAAGGAGCCUGGCAUGCGGAGCAGCUCACUCACAGACUCAGUGAACAGCACAUCCAGACGGCAGAGCCUGCUCUUCUGAAUGUCAGACACGUAGAAGAACAAGAGAGUCAGAGACUGACGGGGAUGUUUGUUUUUUUUUGUGUGUGUAAUGAAGGGAUGCAUAUUUAACUUGUAACCUUUAAAUUUUUCGACCGCGUAAUGGGUAUUUAGUACACAGAGGGUUUAUUAGCUGUUUACAUGUGAGAUGAAGUCAAGGCUGGGGGGGGUGACGGGGUUCUACCACUCACCCCCCAGCUCUGCUCAAACUUACAUUCGAGUUUACCAUGACAAUCAACACUCGCGCCAUCAUUUUCCCUGCUUUUCACACUGAUGUACAGCAGUCGUGUGACACUCAGUGGACUGCGGGUGACCGAGCCCAAAUAAUAACACCCGUAACUAACAGAUCACGACGUCAGUGGUGAAGCCCAAAGAGUCGAUGUGAAAACGCAAAUGAAGCAAGUCACAGGCUGUGUGGUGAAAACAUGGAAGGAUGGUGAUAGUGUUCUGUGUAUCAGUGUUAAACGUGGAGGGAAACGUGGUGAAGUCACGUCAUGCUAGUACUGUAGACUCCUCACUUCGGUCUUCCUAUGUCCCUUCUAUUUGGAAUGCUAUUUCUACUCAUCCCCACUUAAGCCAUAGCAAAUGGUAGAGUUUGUGACGGACGGCAAUAUUCUGUUCCAUUGCAGGGUUUUGGCACAACCUCCUCGUUCUCUCUGUUUGUAUGUUCAUUCUUGUGGUUGGCAUGUAAUCAACUUGUAUGCCAUCUUAUAUGCUCACCUGAGAGACGUGAAUUUGUUCUUCUUUGUCUGUAGUCCUGAUUUAAGCACAGACUCCCCCCCCCCCUCCCUUUUGGAGUGGCAAACCCAUGCAUGGUUACCCUCCUUGCAGACCUUGCCGGAGAGGCACACGGGUGCCGGUGUAUUGCCUACUCUGGAAUACUUUCAGGCGGCCACAUUUCAGUGCAUGGGAUCACAUGGCUUCCAUUGAGCUUCACCCCAUGCCAACACGUGCACCAUAUUCACGCCGGGAAUCUCGCCCUAACCCUUAGAGGGAGUGCAGAGGCAGUUAAGGUAUUUUUGUGCCAUUGGCGGGGGUGGGGGGGGGGGGGGGAGAGAACUGUGGAAAAUACUCUGGAUAUGAAUUGAGAUGGCAGGUCACUCACAGCUUCUGAAAAUCCGGCUUAAUAUACAUUUUUCCCUCCUGAGGAAUCGUAACUGUUUUAACUGUCCUUACAAAAGCAUACUUUUUUUAACAUCCAUGUCUGAAAUUAUAUCCCAAGACACAGACCCCAGUAUGUAUUAAUAUAUUCCAUAACAAAAUCAUUUUUUCUCACACUCAGACUGUUAAGAUAAUAUUGGCCCUAAUAUAUCACAUUACCAUUAGGUAACCCUGACUGUAAUUCAGUGUUAACCUAAAACAAUAUUUUGAUGGGAAGGACCCUUUGCUGACAAAAAUGACAGUCCUGUUAGCUAAUUGGGUUUCGAAUGCAUGUUGGCUGAUCUUUCUCUGAAUUGGACCUGGCUGUCAGGCUGUGAGCCACCCUGUCAGAGAUGCUGCAGAUUUUACCCAUGUGAUGAACAGCAGGUGUCUUUUUCUGAAGGGUGGGGGGGACUGGGGGAAUCUGCAGUGCGGAGAAUCCGCCCCAGCGAAGGCUCAGCAGGGAACUGUGCAGCAAACGGACCUCCUAUCCAUGUUACAGUGGAAUUAUAAAGUAUCGUUUUGUUAUCGUUGACAGUGAUACCGUCACGAUCUUGUUUUAAGGAGAAAAUGUUGUUUCACCACAGGAUUCAUAACCAGUGUCGGUAAUUUUGUUCCAUUUGUUAAUAUUUUCUUCGGAUGAAGGCGACAGUGGUCCUUUCGUGUCAGAACACCUUAGGAUUCCGGAGGUCACUGUGCGACGGCAAAAAUGGCUGUUUGCGGCUGUGAAAUGGCCUCCUGUUUCAUGAUGCAAUAACUGAAUUAAACCGUAUGAGAGAGUUCUGUGUUUAUGGGGAUGAACUGACUGCUUUGUAGGUCUGUGUUUUUAGGUGAGUACGAGAAUAUUUGCAGGGGACGGGGAUCAACAAAGCUGAAGGCCGAUUUUACCACCCGAUUACUCUUGUUUUAUAGAUCCUGAUAUUUUGGUAUUACUUUAUAUGUUUUCACUCUGUAAAAGACUGUUUAGAGCCUGUGACACAAGCUUGUAAAAUGCUUCUGAUGAUAAAUAUGAAUAGGCUACAUUGUUAAAGUUUAUAAUUAUCUUUUUACUUGUGUUCCUUUGAAUAGAAUUUUAUAAAUGGCCAGUUCAUAUAAUCAUCUAAAGUGAAGCGAUUCACACGUUUUGCAUUGCUUAUGCAUUUUACGUGUUACUGAAGGAAUUUUAAAUUGGAGUGAGAUAAAGGCAAGUGGACAGUAACAUCUCUGCUGUGCAGCUGACUGCUCUCCAGCUGCCUCUUCAUACUGGCCAAUCGUGAGCAAGAGAGGCAGAAAGGGAGGGACAGCAAGCAUGAGUAUGCAGCAUGUCUACUGCAAAAGCCUAAACGCACGCAAUAUCAUUUCCACACCUUAGGAGCCAUAACAAAACCAUUGGAGGGACAAAGAAUAAAUGUUAACCUAGCAAAGCAAUAUGUAAAUGCACAAUUGGUAGAUGCCUGUGAGAUGUUUAGCCAGAUGUUCCUGUUGUAGGCACAGCAACUUGAAAGGAAAGGGCUGGCUUUUAACUCUGACUGUACUCAUGUUGGACUUCCAGGAUACGCACUGUUUGUACCAGUCUAGGACUGGGCCGUCUUGUGUUACCGAUGCACUGCUGAUGUUUUUUUUUUUUGUUUCCCAAAUGGAGGUAAAUGAGGAUAAUCACAAUGCUGUUUUAUUUUCUGGCAAAAUGCUUCUGUUGGUUCAUUUCACUGCAUUGUGCCUGCAAUAUAAUACAAAAGGUACUUUUUGCAGCGAAUGAACUUUUUUCCUGCUUUGCUCCAGAGUGGAAUGAGAUGGCUGGAGCUUGGAAAGUCAGACACAUCCCUGAUGCUUCUCUCUGGCCUUGGUGGCGCUGUAGUUCGAUACUCAGAACUACACUCUGAGGGUCACUGUUGUGCGGAACUUCCUGUCUUGAUUACCCAUCGCUUCCAGGAAAGCAAAUUUGCAAGUAUGGGUUAUUUGGGACUAAAAUGGGAGUCUGUUCAGAGACCUGAUCAACAUCAGAGAGAUGCACCAACUGACAUGUUGAAGGAGUUAUAGGAAUUAGUAGACACCCUAUCAUCCAAUAAUAAACUAAUAUGUCAAGCGGUUGUGUUUUAAGGAAAGCUGGGAGUGAUUACAGGCAUCAGUCAGAGAAGCCUGGAUUCCCUGUCAGCGGCAGACAAGCAAAUGCAUUCCUUGUUUACAUGAAUUGAUUUCAUGGGGCUCAGAUCCAUUUUAUGCUAGUCUUCAACUAACUGUGGGAAGAUAGAGGAUAAAUAGUUUCCAUUUGCAUUAGGAUUAUCUUCAUUUGAUAUUCCAGACACUUCUAUUUAUUGUUCAAGUGAAAUGCUUUCAUAACUUGAAAACAAGCUGUUAUUCACAUCAUAUUUUUAAUUAUAACCAGAUAAUGGCAAACAUAUUUUUUACUAUGGUAUAUAUUGUAAUUAAAAACUGAAGGUACAGAACAUUUUGGAUUAUAUAUAGGGCACAUCAGUUGCUGUGAACAAUUAUUAUAGGUGUGCCUUAUACUCAAAAUACAGGAUCAAACCUAUAUUUUAUGUUAGCGAUGUACACAAUUGGCUUACUCAAACCUCAGUCGUAAUUGCUUUAUGAAUUGUAUCAAUUUACGUAAAAAAAAAACUCCUUUGUAAGCUGCUGUAACUGCUGUCGCCUGGUGGAUGCAGCUGCUCAUCCGCCCUCGAGCAGCCUAAAGUCCGUAUGACUCUAACUUAUUGCUACCGGUUUAGAAAGAAACCUGUGCGUUGCGUUUGUACAGUGGAAAUUAAGCCUUUUGUGUGUCUCAUGUAAUUUCUGAAAGUGAAUCAUUGUCACUACACAGUCUAAUACAAUAAACAUUCGAAGUUGAAACAAAUGUUGAAAAUAUUUGUAUUUACAGGAUUUCAAUAAAAGUUGGACAGACACAAUACUGGAAAUUCCGUGUUGAACAAUUAAAUGUAAUGUAUUGAAAAGCUACGAAAUACAUAUAUAUAAUCUUAUGUCCAGUAAAUGUGUAUUGUACAGCAGCUUUCUAUCACUGGCUGUUCUUAGCUUUUUUUUUCAAAAGUGUAAUACCAAAGUUAUCCGCAAGCUUGCAUGAGGUCUCCCAGAAUUUGCUCAAUGAUGAACGCUGCCUACAGUUUUUCAGAUCAGCUGGUCAACUACUGUCAAGUUGCUGCAAUGUGUAGAUUACUGUGUUGUGUCCUUAUAUUAAGAAAUAUAAAUCAAUUUUUAUUACUCGAAUAUAUAAACUAUGUGAAGAUGUUAUUCAACGUAUUCAAAGUAUAUUGUUCAAUAAAACGAAGAAACUUUCUCUAAA